AUGGUGAUCCACUUUCGAAUCCUUGCACUGGCUCUGCUGCUUCAGAGCAGUGUGGCGUUUGCCCCUGUGAGCUUCAGAGGCCACCAAAGCGGUGUAUUAACCAAGCUUUUCGAGAAACUGGAAUCUGAACCUGGAAAGUCAAAUGCUCCUGGACACGAAGUGCGCGCGAGUGGCCCAGUACCGGACUUGUCUCCCGAGGAGCAAGAGAGAUUGCAGGCUCAGGCUGAAGCUUACAUGGGGUACCAGAAGGAAGCCCCAAAACUCGAUUGGCCCACGGAAAUCCGGACGUUGGUUCAGUACAAUCAUGGGUAUGCUGUCAUUUCCACCAAUUCCAAAGCUGAAGAAGGAUACCCGUCUGGAUCAGUGGUUGGAUUUGUACCCGAUGAGAAUGGAAAUCCUCUCUUUUUGUUUUCGGGCAUGUCUACCCAUACUCAGGACAUCCUGGUGGACCCCAAGGCGAGCUUGACUGUGGCUGCCAAGGAAUUUAAAGGAGCGGCUGAUGGCCGUGUCAAUUUAAUGGGCACCUGUUCGAAGUUACCUCAGGAGGAAAUUGAGAAGGCCAAAGAGCUCUAUUUGGCCAAGCAUCCCAACUCUAAAGUCUGGAUUAAUUUUGGAGAUUUCACUUGGUUCCGUCUUCAGGUUGAAAAACUCCGCUUUGUUGGUGGAUUUGCCCGUGCCGGGUCGGUGACAGCGGAGGAGUACGUUGCUGCCAAACCGGAUGCCGUGGCACAGUUUGGAGCUGCGAUUGGUGGCCACAUGAACGAAGACCACUCUAGUGCUACUCUUGCUAUGGUGCAGGGAUUGCCUGGGCUUGACGAUAUUACCUUGACAGCUGCAGAAAUCACCUCGGUGGACUCGCUUGGGAUGUACAUCAAGGUAACACGUGAACCGGGCCUCUCUUUCCAGCCAGAACAAUUCAAAUUGAGACUGCCAUUUUCAAGACAAGCAGAGGACCGAAAAGAUGUUCGCACUUUGAUUGUCGAGAUGACUCAGAAGGCGGCGGCAGCAGAGCAAAGCUAA